UGAUGGCCGUGCUAUUGCGGUUCCAAUCGUCAUGGACACUGCAACAUUCCAUCGGAGGAAGGAAUGUCAUACGUCCAGGUCUCUGCAUGGGCCACUCAUACAGUGCUUUGGAGAACUUGAUGCAAAAGUGGAAGGUCAGACACUCCCAAGUCCACAAUGGGAGGUCACACAAUGCUUCUCCAAAGUGGUGGCUUACCGCCGCAUGAAACAGCCUCCAAAAUACACCAUUCCGCCUCUGGAUGAAGGAAUGUCCUACACACAAGCUUCUGUUGGGGGGUUUCAUACUGUGAUUCUCCGACAGGAUGGAAAUGUUGUCGCUUGCGGAGACAAUGAACAUGGGCAAUGCAACAUUCCAGUGUUGGAGGAAGGAAUGUCAUAUGUGCAGGUCUCCGCAGGGGCAAUUCAUACAGUGCUUCUCCGGAGUGAUGGCAUGUAGCUUGCGGACAAGGAACUGAUUGGCAAUGUGACAUCCCAUCUCUUGCUACUUCCCGUCGGUAUGUUUGCAAUCAUUCAGGACCGUUUGGGAAAGACGUUGUGUUGCAGCUAGACUUUAUCUUCAAACAUCGUGAAAUCGCAUGCAUAUGCUCAAGUCUUGCUGGCGAAGAAAAAAUCAAUCCAUCUGGCCUCGAUCUGGCCUCUGAUCUUCACAAGUGGAUUGGGAACUGGGGGUGAACCUCAAAGCUCUUCGCUUAGUAUUGCCCGACAGAUCUUGACAUCUAUGGUGCAAAUCUAGCAGCCACCGUGCAGAUGCUGUCAUGCAUCAGGACCCGGUGACGCACGACGCAAUAAAAGGGCAAAA